CUUAUUCUAUAAAAACAUAAUCCCAAACAACACAACUUCUCUCCAACAAAAAAAAAUUCUCCUCUUUCCCCUUAUAAAAUAGUUUCUUUAUAUUUAUUUUCCUUGUUCAUACUCUUACAAUGGAAUAUCACAAAGAGAAGAAGACUGGACCAUGGCUAUCUGUGCCACAAUUUGGACAUUGGGAUCAAAAGGGUGUCUACCCUGACUACUCAAUGGAUUUUUCUAAAAUAAGAGAAAAUAGGAAACAAAACAAAAAGGACUUAUCAAGAGCAAGUUUUGGAAAUGAGAAUGACCUCAUUUUCUCUACCAAAAGUGAUGCAAAUUCAGUUUACUUUCCCAACAGUAAUGAUCAUCAUUACCAUCAGAACCAAUCUUCAACUAGGAUGAGAAGGAUCUUUAGCUAUUUCAAUUGCUGUGGAAAAGCUUGAAGUUCAUGGAAUUGAUUUUUUCCAAUUUCCUUGUAAUGAAAAUAUAGUAAUUUGUGAUUUCUACCUAAGUUUUGAGUGACUUUUAUAAGAAAUAGGAAAAUGUUAUGAAUUUUGGAAAUUGUGGUGAUUGCUUAAUCAUACCAUCCUUUGCUUCUCUUGUGU